CCUGGUGCUACAGCACAAGCAGGCCCCUGACCUGAGAGGGAGUCAAAGCCCACCGCCUCCAUGCAGACAAAGAGAAGCAGGAAAGAAGAAGAAAGAAACAGUGUCGAAUUCAGCGUUUAUUUCUUCUUUUCUGGUUUUCCGGCUUCUUGCUUUCUUUGCUUGCUUCUCUUGCCAAAAACAUCAUCCCACAUCUACAUUGAAGGCCAAAGAACGAUCUCGCCCAGAGCCAGGCCCGGCUUCAGUGAAACAGACUUCGCAUGGAACGUGGCUCCAUUCCCAUUCCACGCCCGUUAUUCUGGCCCUGCUAGAGCUUAACUUAGCUCAGCUUGGCUUCACCUAGGGCUUGUCUUCCGCCUGCUUCCGCCCCCGCUCAAGACCCGCUGCUUAUUACAACUGCGCAACACGUCGUCGGAACGCUGGGCACGCAUUCUUUCUUUUGGCCCUUGAUGAGUGGUUUGGAGGGGUGCACGUGCCUUCGCUCCCCACAUCCGUGGUUGGCGCGCCUCAUCGCAGCAUUAUUAUCACAACCACAACUGUAACGUGCCCUGGGCGGGGGUGGCAAGGCCCCGCCACGGAGCAAGCUAUUUCAGAUAGAAAGAAGAUAUGAGAUAUCACAAGAUUGCGGAAGCUUGCAGAAACUUGCAGACUAUUCUUAUUCGGAAUGGCAUCUUCAAUGAUGUCAUAGAUUAGAUUUGAGACUCUGAGAGAUUGAAACUCUGUUCUAUAUAUCUAGCUGCAGACCUGACCAUGCUCAC